GGUGAAGUUGCGUCGCUCGGCCCCGGAUCAUCGUCCGAAUUGCGACUCGCAGUGAAGUGACUCACUACAUCGAGGAGCAGUCGGAGUGGAGUCCCGAGCGUGCCCGAGUGCAGCAACCCCUUAUUACCUAAUGUAAGAGUAGAAACACAGUCCGAAUCAUGAGUACUUAUAUCUAGACCAUUGAGAAUUCAAGUGAUCGAAUUUCAAUCUAGGACAGGGCUCUAUAACUCGGGGACCAGUCUCGCCAAUUACCUACAGGCAAUACCUUCAAAGCACUAAUCAAGCCAGAGACGGAUUCCCAUCCUGUUGGACGUGCAACAUGGCUACUCCAUCGCUACGACUCGGCUGGAUUGGGCUAGGUAGCAUGGGCAAUGCCAUGGCGAAGAAUAUCCAUACCUACUUACAGUCACGCCGUGGCACAUCUCUUUGCUUCUACAACCGUACCCCAUCUCGUGGAGACGCACUGGAAGCUCUCGGCGGCGAACGCUGCGCGUCUGUGCCAGAACUAGCCGCUCGCAGCGACGUAAUAUUCAUCUCCGCAAGCGAUGACGCGGCCGUGCAGUCAAUCGUCGAGCAGAUAAUCUCAUGCGGUUCAGAACUAGCCACAAAGAUCAUUGUUGACACCACAACCAUCCAUCCUAACACAACCAGGCAAAUCACAGAAAGUCUAGCAGCUCAGGGAGCGCAGUUUGCAGCAACGCCUGUUUUCGGCGCGACACCAGUGGCGGAGCAGGGCAGGCUUCUUGUGGCGUUUGCAGGGCCAGAAAGUGUGUACCAGACAAUUGCGCCGUUCCUUAAAGGUGUGAUUGCCCGGGAAGUACUUCAAGUAGGAAAGGAACCUGAGAAGGCCACGCUACUGAAGACAACAGGGAACUUCAUGAUGGCCGGCCUCAUGGAAAUUAUCGCAGAAGCCCACGUGUUCGCUGAGAAGACAGGCCUUGGUGCUGAUGUACUAGAGAGGCUUCUAGAGCUCAACUUUGGCACAGUCGCGCACUCCGACUCGGUCAGGAUGACGACUGGCGUCUAUAUGCCGGGAAAGGGAGAGGCACCUUGGUCUGACCUGAACCUUGCGCUUAAGGAUGUCGGACAUGGAGUCGACAGCGCGAAACAAGUUGGUGUAAGCUUGAAAGUCGGCAACACGGUAUUGGAGCAUUUGAAGAGAGCUAAAGCGUACUCGGACGAGAAUGGGCAACGCCCUCUGGAUUCUUCAUCAUUAUACGGUGUUGUGCGACAGGAUUCAGGACUUGACUUUCGUACAGAAUACGUCAAGAAGAGAGAUCAAUGAACAAUACAAUAUGAAAUUCAUUUUCGUUAUGA